AAAUUCGUAAGGGGCCUAAUAAGGUUGGAUUAAUGGGUAUUCCCCAACCCUUUUGUGAUGCGAUUAAGUUAUUUACUAAGGAACAAACUUAUCCUCUUUUGUCAAAUUAUAUUUCUUAUUAUUUUUCUCCUAUUUUUUCUUUAUUUCUUUCUUUAGUAGCUUGGUUGUGUAUUCCUUUAUUUGUAAAGUUAUUUUCUUUUAAUUUAGGAUUAUUGUUUUUUUUAUGUUGUACUAGUUUAGGCGUUUAUACUGUUAUGGUGGCUGGGUGAUCCUCUAAUUCUAACUAUGCUUUAUUAGGGGGACUUCGGGCUGUUGCUCAAACAAUUUCUUAUGAAGUUAGUAUAGCAUUGGUUUUAUUGUCUUUUGUUUUUUUAAUUGGGGGUUAUAAUAUUUUAGAUUUUUUUUAUUAUCAAAAAAGAAUUUGAUUUUUGGUUAUUUUAUUUCCUAUUAGAUUAGUUUGGUUUUGUAUUUGUCUAGCAGAAACUAAUCGGACUCCUUUUGAUUUUGCUGAAGGAGAAUCUGAAUUAGUAUCUGGGUUUAAUAUUGAAUAUAGAAGAGGGGGAUUUGCUUUGAUUUUUAUGGCUGAAUAUGCUAGUAUUUUGUUUAUAAGAAUAUUGUUUUGUGUAAUUUUUUUAGGGUGUGAUUUAUUUAAUAUUAUAUUUUAUGUUAAGUUAACAUUUAUUUCUUUUUUAUUUAUUUGAGCUC